UCCACCUCCCUCUCUCAUUACGCCUUUCACCGGCAAAACUCCAACACACACAUACACACACACAUAAACACACAGACACACGCGCCACCUUUCCCUUAAACCGGGAAAUAAACACGAAGCGACGGCAGGAGCAGGACCGAACUCCCCCGGCCCGCACCAUCCAUGGUCCUCCCCUGGAUGUCUGUCUGACAGGAGGGUUGGUGUUACUUUGCUGAAGUGACAGAGGAAGGCCUCGAGUCAGAGGUGAAGAACGGAAACAAGGAGUCCUCCCGGACAGCAGGGGGAAGCAGCAGACAUGCAGGACUCAGCCUCUGACAGUAAAAUAGCGAAACAGGACCAGAACAAGCACAUGGAUGGACACAGAGAAACCGAUGACAUGUCUGAAAAGACGUCUCCCAGCAAGAACCUCAAAUCUCCCCAGAAAGGCUCCAAACGGCUUAAAACAGCCCCCUUUAAAGUGACCCUACUGGAUUCCUCCGAGUUCGAAGGAGAAACUGAGAAACACUCCAAAGGACAGACCCUGAUGGACAUGGUGUGUGAACACCUCAACUUGCUGGAGAAAGACUACUUUGGUCUGACCUUUGCCGACACAGACAGCCAGAAGAAUUGGUUGGACCCCUCCAAGGAGAUCAAGAAGCAGAUGCGCAACUCUCCGUGGCACUUUGCCUUCGCUGUCAAGUUCUACCCUCCUGACCCCUCCCAGCUCAUGGAAGAUAUUACCAGAUACUACCUGUGUCUGCAGCUGAGGGAUGACAUGCUGUCAGGUCGGCUGCCGUGCUCGUUCGUCACUCACGCCCUCCUGGGCUCCUACACCGUUCAGGCCGAGCUGGGAGACUACGACCAGGAUGACCACGGUGCCGACUACGUCAGCGAUUUCCGCUUUGCUCCCAAUCAGACGCGCGAGCUGGAGGAGAGGGUGAUGGAGCUCCAUCGAAACUACAAGGGGAUGACUCCAGCAGAGGCUGAAAUGAACUUCUUGGAGAACGCAAAGAAAUUGUCCAUGUACGGAGUCGACCUCCAUCAUGCUAAGGAUUCUGAGGGGAUUGAAAUAAUGCUGGGUGUCUGUGCCAAUGGCCUGCUGAUUUACCGUGACAGGCUGAGGAUCAACCGCUUUGCCUGGCCAAAGAUCCUUAAGAUUUCAUACAAGAGGAGCAACUUCUACAUCAAGAUAAGACCUGGAGAAUAUGAACAGUUUGAAAGUACAAUUGGUUUUAAGCUCCCCAACCACAGAGCUGCCAAGAGGCUGUGGAAGGUCUGCAUCGAGCAUCACACCUUCUUCCGGCUGGUAUCUCCUGAGCCUCCUCCUAAGGGAUUCUUGGUGAUGGGUUCAAAGUUUCGAUACAGUGGAAGGACGCAGGCUCAAACCAGGCAGGCCAGUGCUCUCAUAGACCGGCCUGCUCCUCACUUCGAGCGGUCGACCAGUAAGAGGUAUCUGCUUUCCCGGAGCUUGGAUGGAGAGUUUUCACGGCCGGUAUCAGCCAUGUGCGAGAACCACGACGGCGUUUCUCACCGCAGCAUCAGUGAACACCGACGUCUGCACAGCCCCUCCGGGGACGAGCAGGAAACGGAGCUGGAGCCAAGUUUGGAACAGGACGAAGAGGAGAAGGAGCACGAGCAGGGCCGGGAGGCGGAGCAGGACCAUGACGGCGACGUGACUCCGAGCAGAAAAAAGGAGAUCAUGAAGGAGGAGGCCGGGUCACCAGUUGACAGUAAACAGGAGUUUCUGGAUAAGUCGCAGGACGUCUUGCUGAAGCACCAGGCCAGCAUCAAUGAGCUAAAGAGAGCCUUGAGGGAGCCCAACAGCAAGCUGAUGAACCGCGAGAAGCGUCUGUCAGCGACCUCCCCAACCGGCACACCAGAGAAGAAGGCUUCGGUGGGCCGGGCAAUGGGAAAGGAACCUGUUAACAGCCUGUCUGUUGAGGGUUUCGUCCAGAAGACUCUGGUGACUUCACCCGAGGGCUCUGAGGAGUGGGUAUUGAUUGAAAAACAAGAACCUUAUCAACAAGACCAUGACUGGAAGGCAGAAGAAAAGAACAAAUCUCUCACACCUGAUUCCUCAUGGGAGAAAAAGGGUCUGGAAAAAGAGAUAGACGUUAGCAAGAUGAUGCAUAAGGAGGUAGCAGGGUAUGACAGAAAAGAAAUGAAAAGCCAUAUUGAUGAGUUUCCAUCAACAAAAUCGUCCAGAGAGGCAGAUGUAUGCUCUGAGCCUCGGCGUUUUGUGAUCCAAUUAUCUGAGAAUGCCGACUCGUUUCAAGACGAAUCUCAAAGCAAACCAGCUCGAGCCUCAGACCCUGAGGCGAACAGCGAUGCAGCCCCGGGCUUGCGGCACAUGAAGGAGCGCACGGCUUCUAAACCGAGAAAAAAGAGGAGACCCCAGAGCUUAAACCUGGGAAUGCCCACAGAGCUCGUCUACAGGAAAGGAGGAAGCGAUUCCACCGAAGACGAAGACGAGGGCUCGGACUCAGACAACAACUCAGAAACAGCAGCGAAGAGAGGAAAUCAUUGCGAGUCGCCUCCAGUGGCAACGAUGAAAGAUGAUCAGGGUUUAGAAAAGGAUCAGCUGAUCAGGGUCUAUAAAGACGGCAAACAAGAGGGUAAAUUAGUUGGAGAAAGCAGGGAGGUCUCCACCCAAGGAGCAGAGCAGGUAAAGAAAAAGGUGAGCCUUGUUGGGACAGCAGAUGUCGAUUUAGGCUCAGUGAAUGGACCUGGAAAAAUAGAGCAUGAGAGCUCAUUCUCAGGGUCUAAAGGAGAGUGUGUGCUGAAGAUGCGAGGGAAAGGCUUCAUUGACAACAAAGAGUUAGCAGAGGUUAAACUACGACAGGUCAGGACACAUGAACGAAAGGUCAGUAGCUCUGGAGGAGAGGAUGUUGAGGGUUUCUUGGGCGACAGAGGUCAGAGGACGUCUCUCCACCGACUGUCAGGCAGCAGCUACCAGUCGGAAAUAACCAGGAUUGUUCCUCUCAAGCCGGAGCGUUCGAAGAGCGUCACGUCCAAGGACGAAAAGGACCGUACGGGACAGGACGAUCCAAGACGGGGGAUCAGAAGAGAAUACCGGUGGUCGGUUGGCUCUCCGGAGGGAUCCUCAGACCUCAGCUGGACCGACGGUUCCAACUUUCAUCCAGCGUUCGCGUCAGAUCUGGAGGGCGUUGCUAAAAUCGAGCAUCCAGACGACAGCUUUCAGUGUGGUAGAGUGUUCGCGGAGAGCCAGUCGUUCAGCUCAAAGGUUUCAGGGCUUCCCAAAAUGGCCCCUCCAGCGCCGCCGGUGAAAACACAGAAGGCGAGAGAGUCCGUGCUAAUACUCCGGAACAGCAGAAACGCCAGCAGGGAGCCGAGCCUGGACACGGCCAAAAAGAGACACUCGGAGCCUGUCUCUACUCCUGCUAUAUAUGAAGAGCCAUUUGCUGACUUCAAGAAGGAGUUUGGGGAGAGGAGGCCUCAGCCGAGCAUAGCCUCGGAGGAGGAGCAGGAACGAGACACCGUGGCAUGCAUGAAGGAAACCCACCUGGGCAUCGAACGCAAGUGUUCCAGCAUGACGGUCAGCUCCACGUCCAGCCUGGAGGCCGAGGUCGACUUCACUGUCAUCACUGACCUCCACUCGGGCCUCGAGGACUUUUCUAAGGGUGUGCCCGAACUGGGAGAGAGGGAGCGACAGCCAGAGGUGGGCCGGGAGGACUUUGAGGAGACUUCCAGGUUCUACUCUGCCCGUCUAAUGGGCUCUCGGGACAAGUCUCCCAUAGAGGAGAGGCUUCCUGAGGAGGGAAUGCAUCAUGAGCCUCCCGUGGCAAAGAAAGACCCCAACGCGGUGAGCGUGGCCCACAAGCUGAAAAGAGCCGACAGCAAGACGGAGACGCACACAAAUGGAUCGGAAGCUCACGCCAACGUCGUUAAUGUCUCUCCACAGAACUAUGGAGUCGUCAGCCCACAGGAGGCUCCCGCUGCCGUCAAAGAAAAUGGCUCUCCUGUAAAAGCCAGCACCCAGGGGAGAGAGUCUGUUGUGUCCCCGCUGACCAUCACUGCUGAGAACGUUACCUCAGCAACCACGACACAAGUUACCAAGACUGUGAAAGGAGGCUACUCAGAGACCAGGAUCGAGAAGAGGAUUAUAAUCACAGGAGAUGAUGAUGUGGACCAACAUCAGGCACUUGCCAUGGCUAUCCAAGAGGCAAAGCAGCAGCAUCCUGACAUGCUGGUGACAAAAGCAGUGGUUAUCAGGGAAACAGAGUCGCCCACUGAGGAGCUACAACAGAAAGCAGAGGUAAAUAUCUGUUGUUACAAGAACUCUGUACUUUUUAAGGAUUACUUCAAGCACUUGACAGGCACAGAGCCUAUGCUUAGACUCAAGGUUUUUUGUUGGAAAGUUAACCAAAUGAUUACAAAACACAGAACAAGUACAGAGGGCCACUAAGGUGCAAAGCUAAUCCAAAGAAAUGCAAAACAAUUAUAAACAGUUGGGAAAUGACUGCCGAGAGAAAAUAAAGCAGCUAGACAUCAAAAUGAGAUACAAAAUAACUACAAAGGAGAUAACA